UUGCAGGGUUUGGCGAUCCGGCUCAAUCCGCCAGCAGCCAGCCUGGCUCCCCAGCCCCCACCGCCGCGACGGCCUCUGGCCCGCGGGGGGAUGCGGGCUGCACUUUGCGGCUGAGGCGGAGGCGGAGGGUGUUACCAUCACUGAAUCGCCCACUAUCAACAUCUUGGGUGUCAUCGUUGACCAGAGACUCAACUUGAAUCGCCACAUAAACACAGUGACUACAAGAUCAGGCCAGAAGCUGGGAAUACUGCGGUCACCAUGAUCUGCCUGACCUCUACUUCCUGCAUAGCGACCUUUUGUAGGAAUCCGUGGAUAUUUCUGUCCAAAUCCUUGCUACGAUACUUGAGCACCUCAGCUCCUUGGGGCACCACAGCAGAGCGGAAUGUGCCCUCCAGCAAGUUUCUCAAACAGGAUACAUCAGCAUCAAGCACCUCAACUAAGCCAUUGCCAAAGCAUGCUGAUGUGGUGAUCAUGGGAGGUGGCAGCCUAGGAUGCCACACCUUGUACCAUUUGGCAAAAAUGGGCAUCGCUGACGUGGUCCUGCUCGAGCGAGACCAGCUGACGUCAGGGACCACGUGGCACACUGCUGGUCUCCUGUGGCAGUUACGGCCCAGUGACACGGAGAUUGAGCUGCUCAAGCACACGAGGGAUGUGGUCAGUAAAGACCUUGGGGAGGAGACUGGGUUACACACUGGUUGGAUUGAAAAUGGUGGCCUCUUCAUAGCCUCCAACAAGCAACGACUGGACGAAUACAAACGCCUCAUGUCGCUCGGCAAAGUCUAUGGGAUUGAGUCUUUUGUGCUGUCCCCGGCAGAAACGAAGGACCUUUAUCCCUUGAUGAAUGUGGAUGAUCUGUGUGGUACACUGUAUGUGCCAACUGAUGGUACCAUGGACCCAGCUGGAACCUGUUCCACCCUGGCCCGAGCUGCCACAGCUCGAGGUGCAUCGGUGAUUGAGAACUGUCCGGUGACAGGGAUCCAGGUGAAGGUCGAUCAUUAUGGAACCAGGCGGGUCACGGGGGUCGAGACUGACUGUGGAACAAUACAGACUACUUGUGUGAUUAACUGUGCAGGUGUUUGGGCUCGGGCACUGGGGGAAAUGGCAGGAGUCAAUGUCCCACUCAUUGGCAUGCGCCACGCAUACGUGGUGACAGAGCGAAUCGAAGGAAUCCGGAAUAUGCCAAAUGUUCGGGAUCAUGACAGCUCUGUGUAUCUCCGUCUCCAGGGGGAUGCCCUGUCUGUUGGUGGAUAUGAACCUAACCCAAACUUCUGGGAAGAGGUGUCAGAUAAAUUUGCCUUCAGCCUUUUUGACCUGGACUGGGAUGUUUUCACACAGUUGAUUGAAGGAGCUAUGAACCGUAUCCCUGCUCUGGAGACCACGGGGGUGAAGUCAACUGUGUGUGGCCCAGAGUCAUUCACUGCUGACCACAAGCCCCUGAUGGGAGAGGCUCCUGAGCUCCGAGGCUAUUAUCUGGGAUGCGGAUUCAACAGUGCAGGAAUGAUGUUGGGUGGUGGUUGUGGGAAGGAGCUUGCUCACUGGGUCAUCCAUGGACGGCCGGAGAAGGACAUGUAUGGUUAUGACAUCCGUCGUUUCCAUCAUUCAUUGACCAAUAACAAUCGCUGGAUCCGAGAGCGAAGCCAUGAAUCUUACGCCAAGAAUUAUUCGGUCGUGUUUCCCUAUGAUGAACCCCUCGCGGGUAGGAACAUGAGGCUCGAUCCCCUGCAUCAGGAGCUCCUUCAGCAGGGUUGUGUAUUCCAAGAGCGACACGGAUGGGAACGACCUGGUUGGUUCAAUCCCAAAGGACCUGCUCCAAUUCUGAAUUAUGAUUAUUACGGAUUUUAUGGAAACAAGCGACAUGAGGAUUACAGGUAUAAUCAGCUGCUGUGUGAUGAUUACACCUUUGACUUCCCCCCACACCAUAAUCAGAUUAAAUCCGAGUGUGAAAGUUGCCGAAAUGCUGCCGCUGUGUUUGACAUGUCCUACUUCGGGAAGUUCUAUCUCCUAGGCCCAGACGCUAAGAAAGCAGCAGAUUGGCUGUUCACUGCCGAUGUCAGUGUAUCUUCAGGUAAAACCAUGUACACCUGUAUGCUGAACAGUCGGGGUGGGACAGAGAGUGACCUGACAGUGAGUCCAAUCGAGAGUGCUCCCCAGGGAACAGCACUCACACCUGCCUUCGAGGGUGAUGGCUAUUACCUCGCAAUUGGAGGUGGAGUGGCCCAACACAACUGGUCCCACAUCAAUUCUGUGCUUCAGGACCAGAGACUGAACUGUCAACUUCUUGAUUGCUCAGAGGAGCUGGGAAUGAUCAGCGUACAGGGACCACAGAGUCGCUCGGUGCUGCAGGAAAUUCUUGACACUGAUCUUAGCAAUGAGGCUUUCCCCUUCUCGACACACCAGGUUGUAAAGGCAGCUGGACACACAGUUCGAGCUAUGAGGCUUUCAUUUGUUGGUGAGCUAGGCUGGGAGCUGCAUGUACCAAGGGAAUCCUGUGUAGCUGUUCAUCGCGCUGUGAUGCAAUCUGGGGAAAAGUUUGGAAUCGCCAAUGCUGGUUACAGAGCCAUUGAUUCACUGAGUAUUGAGAAAGGCUACAGACAUUGGCAUGCUGACCUUCGAUCUGAUGACACACCACUUGAAGCAGGGCUGGCCUUCACUUGCAAACUAAAAACAAAGAUCCCAUUUCUUGGCCGGGAGAUGCUGGAGAAGCAGAAAGCUGAGGGGCUGUUUAAACGACUGUUGUGUUUCACUGUUGAUGAGAAGGUCCCUAUGUUUGGCCUGGAAGUGAUUUGGAGGAAUGGGAAAGUAGUCGGACACAUUCGGAGGGCAGAUUUUGCAUUUACGCUUGACAAGACCAUAGCCUAUGGCUACAUCAGGGAUCCUGAUGGUGGAGUGGUCACACCGGACUUUGUGAAGCGUGGGGAAUACUCACUGGAGAGAAUGGGUGUCUCCUAUCCAGCAAAGGUCCAUCUCAAAUCACCCUUUGAUCCAAACAACAAGCGAGUGAAAGGGAUUUAUUCGUGAGGAUGUGAACUGCCUGUAAUGCUCCAUGCUUUGAGAGGGAAAUAUGUGACCGGGAAUUUGCUGUAAUUGUCUUUGAACUCCAGUUUUGUAGUUGGAAGAUUGGUUUCUGGAACCCAGGGGUUUUUGAAGUUUCUGAAAUGAAUAUUAUAACCUGACUGUGAGGGAGACAUUCUAAAAUUUUAUUCAAUUAGCAAUAAUUCUACAGCCUUUAUAAUUAUUUUCAAUUGAGUUUUAACAAAUUAAACUUUACAACAGUG